UCCCCGGCCCGGCAGCACACGACGCCAGGACUUGUUGAAACCUUCUUUGGUGUGGCGUGGCGGCUUACAGCGGGAAUAUGGAGGUGUGCAUGCUUAGUGUGCACAGUUACUAGCAAUAUGGUGGCCCAGACAGAAUCCAGUACACCUGCAGAGCAAAGGAAGGAGGACCAGUUCAGGUGAAAGUGGUCAUAUUCACCAGGGAGCAGAAAAGGAAAGUAUUUCAGGAUGUUCAUGACUCCAGUAGAGGAGGAGUUCACAUGGGCAUCACUAAGACUAUUGCCAAAACUACAGAGAGAUUUUAUUGCAUAGGCAUUAAGAAAGAUGUAGUGAAUUGGACAGGUGAGUGUGACUGACGUCAGAGAUCUGAAAAGAUGAAAACUGUAGCACCAGUCCUGAAUCCUAUUAAGAGUGAAGGCCCUUGGCAGAUGGUUGAUGUAGAUUUGAUGGGGCCCUAAAAGAAACUCAGUCUGGCAACAAGGACAUCCUUACUUUAACAGACUUACACUCCAGAUUUAUAGAGGCAUUUCCACUGCCUUCAAAAUCUGCUGAUCUGGUAUGUGAUGUAUUGCAGAGUAUUUUCCACUGUUCUGGUCCCCCAGAGAAAACCUUAACUGAUCAGGGAAAGGAAUUCUGUAAUACAUUAAAUGACACUCUUUUCCAUUGUCCAAGUGAAGCACCUUGUAACACUUGCUUGCCACCCCCAAACUAAUGGCCAGGAUGAGAGGACCAACCAGACGCUGAAGGGCUCUUUAAUUAAAUUGGUAAAUGAGAAUCAGAAUGACUGGGACAAACACUCGGAGGCUGCUCUGUUUGGUAUAUGAACAUCAAUGCAAGCUUCAAUAAAGUGUUCUCCCUCUUUCUUGAAGUUUGGUAGACAGCCAACACUGUUGAACUGCACCAAAAUGAUCUUCAUGAAAAAGUUGAUAUUUUAGAAUUCCCAAAUUUGAGCCCCUCAGAUGAGUCAGUGGAAUCAAGAAAGAGUCGCUUGACAGCCAUAAAAGAAAAAGUUGCCAGUCAUGUUGCUAAAGCACAAGCUGAACAAAAUAAAUAAUAUGAAAUGAGGAAAGCUAAAGGACAUAAGUCAUUUGACUUUAAGAUUGGAAUGAAAGUUGUUGUAAAGAAUAAUAAAAAGCAAGGAAGGAAAGGUUCCUGGCUUGAGGAGGACUGACUUGGGCCUUAUGACACACCCAGCAUCUUAGAUAACUUUGUACAAAUCACCACAAAUGGAAAACUCCUUCAAAAUAAAACUGCAUUAAUUCACAUUAAACUUUAUAAAUCCCUCAGUAGGUACUGCACAGGAGCAUGCACAACUUUGUGGCCAAAUGCUGCUGCCAUCAGCUGCAGGGAGUGCUUCUGCUGUCUCUGUCUUUCCAGAAUUCAUGGCAUCUGGGGAGGAGCCUGGAGAGGACAUUCCCCCAGCCACAGACCAUGCUGGUGUGAGGCAGCAGCCUGAGGUGCUCCUUUGUGAAGGGUCACACCAUAUCACUCCCCUUGAUGUGCUCCUUUGUGAAGGGUCACACCAUACCACUCCCCUUGAUGUGCUCCUUUGUGAAGGGUCACACCAUAUCACUCCCCUUGAUGUGCUCCUUUGUGAAGGGUCGCACCAUAUCACUCCCCUUGAUGUGCUCCUUUGUGAAGGGUCACACCAUAUCACUCCCCUUGAUGUGCUCCUUUGUGAAGGGUCGCACCAUAUCACUCCCCUUGAUGUGCUCCUUUGUGAAGGGUCGCACCAUAUCACUCCCCUGCCUCUCACCACUGUCAGUAAGGAAUGCAUUUCAGAUAUUGUAAAAGUCCCCAGAAUCCUCAGCAUAUGGGGAGAAGCCUGGAGAGGACACUUCCCCAGCCACAGACCAUGCUGGUGUGAGGCAGCAGCCUGAAGUGCUCCUUUGUGAAGGGUCACAGCAUAUCACUCCCCUGCCUCUCACCACUGUUGGGAAGGAAUGCAUUUCGGGCGUCCCCAACCCCUCCUGCCCUGAGUGAAGACACCCCCAGACAAAACCUCUAAGGGGGCCAAGGGGAAGGGAGCAGCCCAGGCCCUUUCCAAUGCUGAGAGAGAUGCAGCCAGCAAGGAGGCAAGCGGCUCAUCUGUCAGUGUGCGCCUACCAUACCCACAGCCACACCAACGGAGGGCCAACGACACCCAAGUCUAGCCGCAGGAACAAAUGUAGUGUGGUGACAAGUAGUGAGGUCACCACUGAAUCUGACACACCUGCUGAGCCUGACCUGGUGUCUUUCUGUGCUACCCUGGGCAACAACCGAGCCCUGCGAGUCCCUGCCCUCUUCAAGCCAGACAGGGACUACCAGACUGUGGCUGACAUGGUGGGUGGCAGUCACUCCAUUACAGAGUCAACUACUAGUCACGAGGAAAGUUUGGACGAGGCCAGAAGUGCGUCAUCCCACCGCAGGUCACGGGGACAGGAACUGCAGGCCAGGCAGGGUCACCGUCCCUCCCACGGCGACCCGGAUUAUAGCUAUGCUCACCCUGUGAAGAAGCAGUACCUUCCCCCACCCCUCCACUGUCCUCCACUGACAGCAACAGGUGUAUGAGUUAGUGAUAGUGAGGUCACUGACAGACAGACUCGCCAAAUUGUUCAUUAGUAAAAGUUCCAUGGCCACUAAGUUUGUAAUCUGCUUCUGUGUUUGUAUCUUUCCAGCCUUUUUAUUCAUUGAUGUACACUUUUGCCUUUCACUGCUUCCUCCUGUAAUCCAUUCUAUAUCUUUAUAUAUUUACAUGGAAAGAUAUGUUUGCAUUAUUUGGACAUUCUCUCUCUCUCUCUCUCUCUCUCUCUCUCUCUCUCUCUCUCUCUCUCUCUCUCUCUCUCUCUCUCUCUCUCUCUCUCUCUCUCUAAUAUUGAGGUUCAUCUCUUGUCCAUAACAAAAGGGCAUUUCUGUCUGGUUCCUCAGGUUGGUUGACUAACCCUAAAGCUGCAGGGGUUUUCACACAUUUCUCCAUUCCAUAUGUCUCUACUCCUUUGUGGAAAGAUGUGUGUUAUUUAGGAAGCUCUCUUCUGUCCAAGUUUCUUUUCAUCUUUAUCAUCAUGUGUCAAGUCAUCCAGUUCUGGCACUAUCUUAGUGGUUGUUCUUUGUAUUCUUUCCAAUCUCUACAUGAAACAUCACCGAAUUAAUUAAGCUUAGCAGAAAUUAUGUGAUGUGCCCUACUGAUGCUGGUGUGAAGGCGAAGUGUUUGUAGUGAGCCGUGUGAUGCCUUCCCCAGUGCUGAAUAUGGAGAGAGCAGCCAGGCGACACCAUACACUGGAGUUUUCUGAGGAGGAGUGCGACCACCCCUCCAUCAAGCAAGCAGGAGUGGAGCCUCUGGAGCAGCUGAUGGCUGACCUGGAGCUGGAGAAGAUUGUUCAGGAUGCCAGCAAGACAGCUCUUUGACACUUCCAGUAGUGGUAGAAGCCUCCCCUCUCCACCCUCACUCCUCUGCCACUGCUGACCACAACACUGAGGCUGUAUUCUUCAGGACCUGAUUGUUGCUUGGACUUGAGGCUUCCCUGCUUGGGACUGGCAGUUCUGCAAAUGCUGUUAGUGACAGCAUCCGUAGGACAACAGUGUAGGUGGUGUCCUCUGGAGGUCCUUCACCUGCAUGGAGCUAAGUCCACCUGUUGCAAUACUUGAAUGCCCAAUGAGCACUCUUAGAUGCAUCCUGAUGCUUCCUCCUCUGGGCAGCAAUGACUGCUGCCACUGCUGCUGCUUGAUCAAGGAGUGAGGAUCCACACUUCCAGAUUCUAACAAUGCAACACCAGACAUCCCUGUAAAGGAUUGACAUUGAUGAUUGACAAAUUUAAAACCCUUUGAGGGAAUGAAAUGCAAUAAAACUCAAGUGAAGACA